AUGGAUAUUCACCAUCUUCGGCGCUACUUUGUCGUGCUAGCCUUGCUGGCAACUGUACUCCUCUGGGGGCUGAGUGCCUGGAAUGGCACCGUCAUGGCUCUCUUGCUGGCCGUUUACCAUGGACAGAUGGCCGAAGGCCUCCCCUUGCAAGCACGGUAUACGGGGAUUCAUCUUGUAGAUAUUCCAAUUGCCUUGCUAGUGGGAUUCUUCUUCCAUGGUACGAAUGGACAGCAUAUUGAAUACCAAAUUUUCUUACUCGAUGCAUAUUCGGUCUUGCAGUCAGCAUUUGUCUGGUUGUAUAUAGAAAGCUGUCGUGCAGGAGCAAAACCGAAACGGAUUGCCUAUCCGGUCAUAUUUGGAUUGCUAUGGCAAGCAUUCGGGGGAGCUAUUUCCUUCCCACUGUACUAUGCAGUGCAUAUUGGAUGGGCUCUUCAUGAUCAGGCAACUGGAAUAGUGAGCUUUGCAGACGCUGUUGCAAUACCUGUCAGUUUCCUUCUCGGCGCCAUUCUCCCAGCUAUCAUUGGCAUGCUCCCAACCUGGCUCGGCCCGGCGAGUCGGACAGCCAUAGAACACCAACGGAUUCUGGCCGCAUGGCAGCCAGAUCCAGUCUGGGUUUCCUGGAUUCAACUUUCUCUCGCAGCAGUGAUUCGGAGCAUCUGGAAAUCACCCUGUGGACCACGCGCCUCGCAUCGGUUGAUCUCUGGAUCGUAUUUGCUAGCUGCUCUCUGCUCGACUGUCACUCAUGUCUAUGUCAUUUCGAAGGCAUUAUGGGCGGCGGACCUACGCCUCUGGGCAAUGGUCGGAUGGUACAAAACAGCCUCGCAGAGAUUUCAAUCUACAAAUAUGAGCUCCCUUGAAGGAACGGUUGUCGCCCUCACGGGCGCUGCAUCAGGCAUUGGCCUUGCCACUGCUCGUCUUCUUGCCCAACAAGGAGUACUCCUAGCCCUUGCUGAUCUCAACGCUUCCCAAUUAGCUAAAGUCGCUGCCGAACUGCGUCCUCUUUAUCCCACUGACAAGCCGGGCAACAGAUCGGUCGACCCUGUUUUGGCCACGGUUCUCGAUGUCCGUCGUCUGGGAGACUGCCAUCGCUGGAUCCAUCAGACGAUGGCUCACUUCAACCAACCGCUGGCUGGAGCGGCCAACCUGGCCGGGGUUUUCGGGCCGAGUAUCGCACAAGAAGGUGGAGCAGUGCGCAACAUCACCGACCAGGAAUGUGACUUUGUCAUGGAUGUGAAUUGUCGAGGAUUGAUGAACUGCCUGCGAGCGGAGCUGCCAUUCAUGAAAACUGGCUCCCAGGGACAUGGCGGGGGAAGCAUUGUGAACGCGGCCAGCAUUGCGGGUAUUGUAGGAGUACAGAACAAUGGACCAUACGUGGCCAGCAAACAUGCCGUCGUUGGCCUGACACGAACUGUGGCAAAAGAAGAGGGAAUUAGGGCAAUCCGGGUAAAUGCUAUUGCUCCGUAA